GGGGAUUUUGGGGGUCUCCGCCAUGGCCCCCCCCCGGCAGGACAAGCGCGGCUCCAUCGUCCCCUGCGUGCUCCUGGUGGAGGUGGGGAUUUUGGGGGGCACGGCCGCCCUCGCCUACCAGCUGGAGUUCACCGACGCCUUCCCGGUGCACGUGGGGGGUUUCUUCUGCCGGGACCCCGAUUUUGGGCGCCCCUACCCGGGACCCCCCGGGCUGAGCAGGGCCCCCCCCGCCCUGGUUUAUGCCCUGGUCACCGCCGUGCCCGCCCUCACCAUGGCGGUGGGGGAGCUCCUGGGCCGUUUGGGGGGGUCCCGGGGGGGUCGCGCCGCCCCCCCGCGCUGGGCCCGGAGCUGCGAGCGGGGGGCGCCGCUGCGGCGGCUGCUGCGAUUCCUCGGUGUGUUCUCCUUCGGCCUCCUGGCCACCGCCAUCUUCUCCAACGCCGUGCAGGUGGUCCUGGGGACCCCCGCCCCCCAUUUCCUGGCCGUCUGCCGCCCCAACUACAGCGCCCUGGGCUGUGCCGGGACCCCCGGGACCCCCGGGACCCCUCCCCACUUCGUGCCCCCGGGGGGCUCCCCCUGCUCCGGGGACCCCCCGGCCGUGGCCGCCGCCCGAAGGGAUUUCCCCUGCAAGGAGGCGGCGCUGGGAGCCUACGCGGGGGCGUUUGCAGGGUGGCCUGGCGGGGGGGGGGGGUCUCGCCUGGCCAAGCCCGCGGCGGUUUUGGGGUUCGCGGCCCCCCCGUUCCUGCUGGGGGCUCUGCGCGUGGCCGAGCACCGCAACAGCUGGGGAGGGGUCCUGGGGGGCUUCCUGUGCGGCACCGCCAUCGCCGCCUUCCUGGUCACGUGCGUGGUCGGAAACUUCCAGAACCAG